UUGUGUGUGGCGUUCAUCGCAGGAAGGUCUGCGGGAAGAUCUAAGCCAAACCUUAACAUAAGUGUCACUAUAUCGCGCGACCCUUCAGCAAUGAACAGGAUUCGGAUCCACGUGUUGCCGUCUAGUAGGGGUAGAGUGACUCAGACUGCUCGAGCCCAGGAGCCUCAGACCUGCUCACAUACCCAGAGACCCUGUUCACAGCCUCGCCUGGAGGGUCUAGAGUACUGCAUCAAACACGUACUAGAGGAUAAGAAUGCUCCUUACAGGCAAUGCAGCUAUGUGUCCAAUAAGAAUGGCAAGCGCUGCCCCAAUGCAGCCCCGAAACCAGAGAAGAAAGAAGGGGUUACAUUCUGUGCUGAGCACGCACGCAGAAAUGCUUUGGUUCAACAAGCUCAAAUGCGGAAAGCCUCCUCGGGACCUUCCCCUGAAGUUCUGCUGUCUCAGCUCAGUGGCUACAGUCGGCCAGAGUCUGGAGUUUACAGUCAAGAGGGGCGUAGUGAAGCUAGUCGCAUACUAGAUGACAGCUGGAGUGAAGAGGAUCAGGACCCAAUUGUUUUGGAUCAAACAUGGAGAGGAGAACCUGACAGUGAAGCUGAAAGCCUUGACAGUGACCAUGAAGACCCUUUGAAGCAUGCGGGUGUAUACACAGCAGAGGAAGUGGCACUCAUCACCCGGGAGAAGCUAAUCAGACUUCAGUCCCUCUACAUUGACCAAUUUAAACGCAUGCAACAAUUAUUGAAAGAAAAGAAACGACGCUACCUGCACAGCCGCAAAAUUGAGCAUGAGACAAUUGGGAGCAGCCUGCUAACAGGUCCAGAAGGUCUGUCCAUGAAGGAGCGAGAGAACCUGAAGAAAUUAAAGGCCCUGCGUCGCUACCGUCGCCGCUAUGGCGUGGAGGCUUUGUUACAUCGUCAGCUCAGAGAGCGUAGACAAGCUAUUACUGAGGGAGGAACACCACAGGCAAUGCGUUUUGGCCAGAGGUGCAUUUCUUUUGUGGAGGGGACACGCUGCUCAAAUCAAUGUCUGCCAAUGACUCGUCAUUGUGUCUCUCACAUUUAUCAAGACAGUAGCCAAGUUUUAUUCAAGAUGUGCCCAGGCCUGAAGGAUGUUCCUUGUGACCGGCCUGUGCACAUGGGACAGUCAGAGGAGCCCCGUUGCCCUCUGCACCUGUCCCUACCUCCACCCAUGUACCAGCCUGAACAGGAGUCUCUUGCCCCGGAGGAGCUGGCUUCUGCACCCACAGACAUGUACCUCAGUGCCGCAGAGCUCCAGCCAACAGAAAACCUACCUCUGGAAUUCAGUGAUGAUCUUGACAUUGAAGAUGAGGGUUUGCAGUGUCCUCCGUCUCCCUUGCUAUUUGACACCGCGCUUGCUUUAGAGGACCAAACCAUCAGAGAGAUUGCAGAGGCCCCCAUGGACAUACUGACAGGGGCAGAGCAGGAUGAUCUUGAUGCCUCUCCCCAAGAUGCAAAGCUGUCUGAUAAAGAUGAGGUGGAUGAUCAGGUUGAAUCUGAAAUACUUGAAGCAGUUGGACAAGCAGUCGCCACACAGAAUUCAUCACAGGACUCUGACAUGAAAACAACAGAUGCCUUAUUCUGACCUGAUUUUCUCAGCUGCUGUACUGUUCAUAUUUCAAACUGUUUCAAUAACUUUGCCUAAAAGCCAUUUUUCAAGAAGCAUGUUUUCAUUGCUAAAAACAUUGAAACAAAACCUUUUCAUUUCAUAAAAUAUCACUAGGCAUAAUGGUCUCCUAGUAAAUCAUUAGAUAACUAAAUGUAGUGAUUGGACCCCAAGUUUUUUCUCUUGUGAAAUUAUAAGGAAUUUGAAGUGCAGGUGAGGAUGAGAAGUGUUUCAUUACAGUUUCACCAAGCUGCAGAGAGUUUCAGCACAUCACCAUUUUUUCCAAGUACAUUUUUAGUUCCAUAUUUGCAAUGCAUUGUCUGCUUGGAUUUUUUCUUUAAAUACAUUUUUACAUUGUG